AUGGAUCAGGGACAAUUCCCUCCUGUGGGUUGUCCCUUAGUAUGUCCAAUGACUUGUCCUUUGGCAUUUGAUAAUUUACCUCUGAGAGAUUGCAUGUAUCUUCCUCGAUUAACAGAUGAACCAGCAUUCAUAAAACUGCAGGAAUACUAUGACCAAUAUGGUGAACACCUAUACAUCAAUCAACUAAUGAAAAUUAAUCCCCUACGAUUUGAACAAUACAGCAUUAUACUGGAAACACCUGAGGAUGGAGAUAUUUUAAUUGAUUUUUCUAAAAAUCGAGUGAAUGAUGAUAUAAUGAAUCUUCUCUUUGAUCUAGCAAGAGCACGAAAAGUAGGAUGCCGCCGAGAGUUUAUGUUUCAGGGAAUGCCUGUUAAUUUCACUGAAGAUCGUGCUGUUCUGCACACAGCCUUAAGAAAUCAAUCCACAACACCAGUCAUUACAGAUGGUGAAAAUGUAAUGCCCAAAAUACAUGAUGUAUUGAAUCAAAUGAGGGAGUUUACUGAGAUGGUUAUUUCUGGAAAAUGGAAAGGACACACUGGAAGAGAAAUUGAAGAUAUUGUAAAUAUUGGAAUUGGAGGUUCAGAUUUGGGUCCAGUGAUGGUAACUGAGGCCCUGAAACCAUUCAAGACACGCCUUAAGAUGCAUUUUGUUUCUAAUAUUGAUGGUACUCAUUUGGUGGAAGUUUUAAAGAAAGUGAACCAUGCAACAGUUUUAUUUAUUAUUUCCAGUAAAACAUUUACAACUAUAGAAACUAUCACUAAUGCAAAUUCUGCAAAAAAAUGGUUUAUUGAGAAAUCAGGGAAUGAAGAGGGGGUAGCAAAACAUUUUGUUGCUGUUUCUACAAACAGUCCCAAAGUCUGUUCAUUUGGAAUAGAUUUAAAAAAUAUGUUUGUCUUCUGGGACUGGGUUGGAGGACGAUACUCAUUAUGGUCAGCUAUUGGUCUUGCAAUUGCACUGGCAAUAGGCUUUGAUAAUUUUGAACACUUACUGGAAGGUGCAUUCUUCAUGGACGAUCAUUUUCGAACUACUCCACUGGAAAGAAAUGUGCCAAUAAUUCUGGCAUUAAUAGCUUUCUGGUAUCAUAAUUUCUAUGGAGCUGAAACAUAUGCUAUUAUCCCAUAUGAUCAGUACUUGCAUCGUUUCCCAGCAUAUCUCCAACAGGCCGACAUGGAAUCAAAUGGAAAAUAUGUGACUCGAUGCAGUGGUAAUGUGACAUACACAACAGGUCCAGUGGCUUGGGGAGAACCAGGUACCAAUGGACAACAUGCAUUCUUUCAACUAUUGCACCAGGGGACUCACCUUAUACCAGUUGAUUUCAUUAUUCCUGCCAUAUCACAUAAUCCAAUUGAAGACAACAAACACCACAAAUUACUAUUAGCUAAUUUUGUGGCACAAUCUGAAGCUCUAAUGAAAGGAAAAACUUGUAUGGAAGCCCAGAAAGACCUUCAGUGCUCAGGAUUAACAGGUGAAAAAAUGGUACAGAUAGUACCACAUAAAAUUUUUGAGGGUAAUCGCCCUUCAAACUCUAUAGUAGUACGAAAAAUAACUCCAUUUACUUUGGGAGCACUCAUAGCAUUAUAUGAACAUAAAAUAUUUGUUAUGGGAUGCAUAUGGGAUAUAAACUCUUUUGACCAGAUGGGUGUUGAACUUGGUAAGGAACUUGCCAAGAAAAUUGAACCAGAUUUAGAAGACCCAAGAGAAGAAAUUACAUCUCAUGAUCCUUCAACUAAUGGACUGAUAAAUUUCAUUAAAACACACUUUCCAAUUCCAUAA